AUGCGCGUUAACCAACUCGAUGGAGAAAUUGCACCCAUAAAAGAGAGGAACUCAAAGGAUAAACGUAAAAAUGGAAAACUUGUGCAAGGACAUGACGAAUCAAAGGGGUACACAAAAUUGGGAAGAAACCCCCAUGUGCGAAAAGACUUAACGAGAGAAAGGUAUCGCAUACGUGAGGACUACACAGGUUAUAAGCAAACGUUCUAUCAAAAGGGGUGUCAAGUUGAAACCAAGAUGGUGGAAGAGUCCAAUGCUAAGGAGGAUACUUGGCUGAAAUCCCCCUGCAAUGAUACAGAGCAUUACAAAAUCAUGUCCAGCACUGAAACAGUCCUGUCUUCAAAUGACAGUGUUACGGACAUGUACGAAAAAAAUUACAAAUACUUCGCAGUGAGGAAAUCUUCUCUCAGUGAAGAGUCCCCAGUAGCAGCAUCUGAGUGGCAACAUAAUUUGAAGUUGGACAGCAUCAGGAGCAACCAAAAUGAUGUGAAUGAUGCCUUCCGAGAGAAUAGACGAAUCGUUAGGCUUCCCAAAACGCAUAGAAUGAGUGAACCUCUCAAUGGGAACAAACACACAGAGGAAAACGCUUCAACGGAGAAACACCCUUUGGCAGAGAGAAAUGCUUUAACGGAGGAUGCCAAAGAGGAAAAACACAAAAAAGACAAUCCGGUGGUGUACAUGCCAAAUCAUGUCUACCUGGAAAGAAGCAAUGUGGUGGUUCCAGAAAAAAAUAGCAUAAGCAACUUCAACCCGCUAGUUCAUGUCAGUAAUAUACACUAUUACUAUAACCCCUGUGAGAGGCAAAACUGUAAUGACAAUCACUUCAGUUAUGAUUGCCCCUAUAAUGGUCGGAAUAGAUCAUUUCGUUAUGGUUGUCACCCCUUUUGUGAGCCGCAUGACGGUAAGUGUCUUCAUGCAGCAGACCACGUUAGCCCAAAUAAGGAUAACUUUUAUAUGAACAAAAAAUACUCACUAGAAAUCGAUAAUUAUAUGAAAGGCAUGUACUUCACGAAUAGGUCCUAUAUAGAGAAAGAACUGAGAAAAAAAUGGAGCCAUUAUUUUCGGCCCCUUAAGAGGCCCUUCCGUGGAGAGGGUUCCAACAGGGGGGCCAUUGCCUCUGAUGGCCUCCUCCGUAAACGUGAAAGUGGUUCUAGCGGCGGGUUGGGAAGCGGGAUGAGCGGCGAAUUCAGCUUCGGAUUAAGCGUUGACCCCGUUGAUCGGCUCAACGGCCAAAGCCACGCCCAAUGGGCAGAGCAUCAAACCCGCUCGCACACCUUGAGGAAGGGACGGAAAUGUAAAGGGGAAGAAUAUCACCGAAGAAAAAAUGCCGACCACGAGGGCCCAUCAUGUCCGAGCAAGAAGAAUUUAUUUUCCCAAUUCCUUAAAAAUCUCAAGUUGUUGGGAUAUGCCCUAUUUUUUUGCUUCUUCAUGAGCAACGAAAAUAAGGCAAUAAAGGAAAAACAGAACUCCAGGCGCGGCUGGAAAAAGGCCUUUUCGCACUCAUCCUACCUUAAGAGUGAAAGGAAGCGAAAAUAG